UAAGGUUCUCUCGAUUCCUCUCCCGUGCGGUUAGGGAUUUAUUCCCCAAAUCCACCGCCGUGGAGGAGAGGAGGCCACAGCCGAGCGCCGACGCUAGAAGGAGGAGCCGCGCUGGAGGGCUUCCUUCCUUCACGCGCCGGAAGGCGUCGUCGUGUCGUGCACCGACCGUUGUCUGCUGCCACCGAUGUGUGUUAGGCGGCAAGCCGCCGCGCUUGGAGCAGCCUGGCCGAAGGAUGCAGCCACUGGUGUCGCCGUCCAUCGAGGAACUUGGCCGAGGGGGCGUCUUCUGGGCCAUGGGUUGCCGUCAGAGUUUACCUUGGACAGUAUUGAUACGCCGCCCUGGAGGGAUGAAUGUUCUUCUUUGCCAUGAAGAUGGAGGGGUUGUUGCCUGUCGGAGUUGCUUUCCGAUCCUUGCCGGGGAUUGUACCGUUCAUGGCUUGACGCUGAGGAUUCCGUCGCCGGACGACAGUCACGCGUCGGCAGUAUUAACACCAGAUGCGAGAGAUAGCCUUAGCGCCUCGUCGUUGUUAGGUUGUCUUCCCGUCGCUUUCUUCUUGUGUUGUGUUGGCCAAAACGCUCUCGGAUACAAGCGUGUUGGUAACUUGUGAAGAAUAAAAAAGAGAGGAAGAGCAAAUGAUGAAAAUCGCUAACUCGUUGAUUGAA